GCUUAUAUUGACAUUCCUUCUCCAAGGACCACCACCAUCAUACCUCUGGACUCCUUCACUUCUGGCCCUGCGAACUGUAAAUAAUACUCAGGAACUCGUCGCGGGAACGACUUGUUCUCCGUUCAACUAGCUGAUCAUCUCUCUUGUGUAUAUCUAAAGCGUUCUCAUCUUGUCAUUUAGCCUCACAGCCCGUGGCUGAUUCCUCCAGGUCCCGGGGUACUCGUCUAUACCUGUACUACUUGUACGCUGCAACCUCUUCGAAUUCAACCUUACACCUUACAAGUACCAGCAACAUGGAUGGAAGUCAAACUGCUGAUCCUAAACCCGAAAUAAAGCCUGACAGCGACCUUGCUUUGGACCAACUCCGGGCAGCAAACGAGGAACUCCAACGACGCAAGGUCGAUGCAGAGAAAGAUAGAGAGCUCUUUCGAGAACUCUACGGCAAAGCCUCUGCCCACGUCAGCGAAGUCUCCAAAGAGAACAACGAACUCCACGAAAGAGUCUCGCUAUUAGAGGGCAAAGUCAAAGACGGCUUGCAACUCAUACGAGGGACGUAUGAGUCGCGAGUCCGCUUGUUGGAAGAGGAGGUGAAGAAGUGGAAGGGCAUGUAUGAGAUUCUUAUGGCGAGGGAUAGGAAAAUGCAGGGUGAUGAAUUGAGGAGGAGGGCUGCGGUGGAGCCUGAGUUGCGUGCGGAGAAUGUGAAGCUUAGGGAGGAGUUGGAGAUUUUGACGGAGGAUUAUGAGAAGAUGGAGAAGGUGUUGGAGCAGCUUGGGGAGCAGGAGUUGAAGUUGUUGGGUGAGCAGGAGCUGGAGGAGGGGUUGCAGAAGGCUGUUCAAUGUCCUAGUGCGGAUGAUGUUGAGCAUUUUAUGGAGGAGGGGGUGGUUUCGUGAUAAGGUGAUAUUUGUACCUAUCAUGUUAUCGUGCUGCUAUCGUCUUGGAUAUAUGGAUAUAUCAUAGUAUUUCUUCUGCCAGGUCCCGCUUUCACCACUUUCGCCCAUUCCAUUCCAUCAUGCUCUCCUUGGUAUCCAAAACAAACACUCGUCUUCUUCCUCCACGGUCUUGCUGUUAGCUCUUUGUAGCAGAUAUUCCCCGCGAAGGUGCUCCGCAGCGUCUUCAUCGGGAAGCUGCCUCAGUCGCAUUGCACGGUACGGUCGUGAUCCAGUACUAACAUCAUUCGCCAGAAGAAAUCGGAUUUCGUGAAAAUUUGGCUUGUUGACGUAGUCGUUGAUGAGCUCUUCUGCCCAAACCAAUAGGACGGUCUCGACGCUUUUUUGAUGUUCUAGUUCUGACCAUUCAUAGUCUUCUUCUUCUUCCUCCUCGUCAUCGUCCUCGUACCAGUCGCCAUCUUCAGGGUUUCCUGCCAUAGUAUCAAGAUCCUCCUCCUCCAAGUAUCCAUCCGAAUCAUAGCCGAGUUCA